AUGCCGCCCACCUUCUGCUGGACUCCCACCCCCGCCCUUUGGCACACGCUUGUCCGACAACGCUACUUCCAGCCCGCACCCCAUCUCAUCAGACAGCCAGCCACCUUGCACAGAUCGGCACCGGCCUGCCUCAUGCCCUCGCUCUCGCUCCGUGUCCCACGCACCACGUACAAAGACGACAUCGCCUGGGAGGGCUUCAAGGCUUGCGUCCAGGAGUGGACGUGUGAGUCACAACCAUCCAGGCCCGGCGAGGAGGAGGUGCCCGCGGCCGUCGCCACGCUGGACGGCGCGUCGCGGGAGCAGCUCCGCCGGCGCUUCUGCGAGUGGCGCACGACGGCCGUGCGGGCUGGGAACCCGCGGAGGAACCCGGAUGCUGCGAUCUUGAGCUGGCGCUAUCUUUAUUUUGUGCAGGUGGACGAGGACUCGCUCAGCAGCGUCAUGCAGUGGAUAGGACAGGGUCCGUUGGACGUGGGCUGCGUAUAUCUCGUGCGGUGCUACGACGAGUACGACUUUGGCCGGCCCCCGGAGAAGAAGCAGGAGAAGUAG